AAUAAUCAUUUUUAUAUUUUAUUAUUUAAGUAUGUGCUCCCCCUCCUCAUUCAAGUCCUAAACCCUAAACCUCACUUGUCUUCAUGGCCUCCGCUCUUUCUCUCAAGACCAACUACACUUGCGUUCAGUCCCUCCGCCAAUUCUAUUCCGGUGGCCCCUACGCCCUCUCCUCUGACGCCUCUUUCCUCGUCUGCGCAUGCGCCGACACCAUCAACAUCGUUGAUUCCUCCAACGCCUCCAUCAAAUCCACCAUUCAAGGCGAUUCUGAGCCUGUUACCGCCCUUCUUCUAACCCCUGAUGACCACUUUCUCUUCUCCGCCAGCCACACCCGCCAAAUUCGUGUCUGGGAUCUCUCUUCCCUCAAAUGCCUCCGCUCCUGGAAGGGGCAUGAGGGGCCAGUCAUGCGAAUGGCUUGUCACGCAUCAGGAGGAUUGCUGGCAACAGCAGGAGCUGAUAAGAAAGUGCAGGUUUGGGAUGUGGAUGGAGGCUUCUGUACCCAUUAUUUCAAGGGGCAUAAAGGGGUGGUCACCACUAUUCUUUUCCACCCUGACCCAAAUCGGUUGAUUCUUUUCUCAGGUGGUGAUGAUGCCACUGUUAGGGUGUGGAGUCUUACAAGCAAAAAGUGUGUUGCCACACUAGAAAAGCAUCAAUCAACAGUUACUUCCAUGGCUAUAUCUGAAGACGGAUGGACCUUGCUCACUGCCGGACGAGAUAAGGUGGUAAAUAUAUGGAACCUACAUGAUUACAGCUGUGUGACUACUGUGCCAACAUAUGAGGCGCUAGAAGCUGUGUGCUUAUUUGAUUCAGCAUCCCCUUUUUCUUCAUGUUUGUCAUCAUUUACUCAGAAACAUGGGAAGAAGAAGAUCAGUUCAUCAUUUAUUCAAUUUAUAACAGUUGGUGAACGAGGGAUUGUGAGGAUAUGGAGUUCAGAUGGGGCGGUGCUCCUGUUUGAGCAGAAAUCUUCAGAUUUGACUGUCAGCUCAGACAAAGAAGAGGUCAAAAGAGGUUUUACCUCUGCUGUGAUGCUGCCAUUAGGCCAAGGGUUGCUCUGCGCUACAGCUGAUCAGCAGUUUCUUAUCUAUGAUUUGGCGAAAGAUGCUGAUCACAGUCUGAACUUGGUGCUGCGAAAAAGGCUUAUUGGAUAUAAUGAAGAGAUUGCAGAUAUGAAGUUUCUGGGUGAAGAAGAAAAAUUCCUUGCAGUUGCUACAAGUGUUGAACAGGUACGAGUAUACGACCUGGCAUCAAUGUCAUGUUCGUACGUAUUGACUGGCCAUACUGAUGUAGUUCUAUGCCUUGAUACCUGUGUGCCAAGUUCUGGAAACUCACUCAUUGUUACAGGAAGCAAAGACAACACUGUCAGAUUGUGGGAAUCCCGUAGCAGACGCUGCAUUGGAGUUGGCAUAGGUCACAUGGGAGCUGUUGGUGCUGUUGCCUUCUCAAAGAAAAACCGCAACUUCUUUGUCAGUGCCAGCAGUGAUCGUACCCUGAAAGUGUGGAGCUUAGAUGGAAUUUCAGAUGACAUUGAAGAAGUUUACAGCUUGAAAGCAAAGGCCGUAGUAGCAGCCCAUGACAAAGAUAUAAACUCGGUCGCUAUUGCCCCCAAUGAUAGCCUUGUUUGCAGUGGCUCCCAGGACCGCACGGCAUGCAUAUGGAGGCUCCCGGACCUCGUUUCUAUGGUUGUGCUUAAAGGACAUAAGAGGGGAAUUUGGUCUGUGGAGUUUUCUCCAGUGGACCAAUGUGUCAUUACAGCCUCCGGUGAUAAGACAAUUAAAAUAUGGGCAAUCUCUGAUGGUUCUUGUCUAAAGACAUUUGAAGGGCACACAUCAAGUGUCAUUAGGGCUUCAUUUGUUACGCGGGGGACUCAGUUUGUUUCUUGUGGUGCUGAUGGCUUGGUGAAACUGUGGACUGUCAAGACCAACGAGUGCCUGGCUACUUAUGAUCAGCAUGAAGACAAGAUAUGGGCGCUGGCUAUUGGAAAGCAGACGGAAAUGCUUGCAACAGGUGGUGGUGAUGCAGUUAUCAAUUUGUGGCACGACUCUACAGCUGCAGAUAAAGAGGAAGCCUUUCGCAAAGAAGAGGAAGGCGUCUUGAGAGGGCAAGAACUAGAAAAUGCUGUAUUAGAUGCUGACUACACUAGAGCCAUCCAACUUGCAUUUGAACUUCGUAGACCACACAAACUUUUUGAGUUAUUUAGUGAGCUUGGCAGGAGGACGGAUGCGAAUGUUGAGAUUGAAAAGGCUCUUACUCCACUUGGAAAGGAGGAGCUUCAUCUACUUUUGGAAUAUAUAAGAGAAUGGAAUACAAAACCAAAACUGUGUCAUACUGCACAAUGCGUGCUGUAUCGUGUAUUUAGCAUCCUUCCUCCUACAGAGAUUGUUGAGAUGAAGGGUAUGGGAGAAGUGCUUGAAGGGCUUAUUCCAUAUUCACAAAGGCAUUUUAGUAGAAUAGAUAGGUUGGAAAGAAGCACAUACCUUUUGGACUAUGCCCUGACAGGAAUGUCUGUUAUUGAACCCGAAAAGAAGGAGACAGAGUCAAGGCAGGCUGAAGAAGAAGAGAGGUCAUCAGAGCAGGAUAAGAUGGAAACUAAAGAUAUGUCAAGAAAGAAGAGGAAAUCGCAUAAAUCCCAAGAUAGGAAACAGAAAAAGACAAAGGUGGCUUACAUAAGCGCUGCAGCGCCUAUAUCAACACGAGCGUAAUACACAAUAGAUUUGAGUUUAGGGUCCGCAGAUUGAUGAUGGCCUUGUGAUUGUUUAAUCGAAAGUAUGUGUUUUUGACUUGGAAAUUUUAGAGAUUAUGUUAUAUUUUAUAAAAGAUGAAACGUAGGAAAGUGAUGGGGGGUUGUGACAAAGUAUAAUAGGAAAUGAAGAAAGUUGCAUGUAAA